ACCAUAUCUGACGGCACCAGCAGCACCUACCUGGGUAUUAUGAGAGUCCGAGUCCGCGGGACGAGGCAUUAUGUAUUGCCUACAUCGCCUUCGUCCGAGGUUCUCUGGCGCUUAGUCAGCUAGACUGUUACUCCCACCUCGACCGUUCACACGUACACUUCGGCUCAUGUCACCAUCCACCUUGUCGCUCACCAGACCUAGGGCCCGCAAGGCGAACUGUCAAUCAAACGAUGCAAGCUGCGCAACUUCUAGAAAGACUCCUCACCUGCAUAUCGGAUGACAUAGUCCCUCUCACGGCCAGGCGCAUCGCGGACGGAAGGGGCAAGGUGUUCGGUGCUGCGAUUCUCAGGAAGAGUGACCUAUCGCUCGUUAUUGCGGAGUGCAACAUCGAUGUCGAGUGUCCGCUAUGGCACGGAGAGACGUACUGUAUCAAGCGUUUCUACGACUUGCCGCCGACCGAGCGCCCUUCCCCGAAGGACUGCUUCUUCCUCACAACCCACGAGCCGUGCUCUCUCUGCCUGAGCGCGAUAACCUGGUCUGGAUUCGACAACUUCUACUAUUUCUUCACUCAUGAAGAGUCGCGCGAUAACUUUGACGACCCAUACGACAUGAAAGUCAUCCAGUCUGUCUUCAAGACACCAGUGGAAGGCGAGCCGAACGAAACACGCGAGCGGCACGCGCUGUAUAACCGCAAGAACGAGUUCUUCGAGGCCAUAUCCCUUGAUGGAUUGCUUGGGGAUGUUGAGGAUGCGUACAGCAGGGAGAGACUAGCAAAGAAGAUGACCGGCUUAAGGGUAGCAUACGUUGACCUGGUGGAAAAGCAGAGGAAGAAUAAGGCGGGGUUUGCAUUGACAAAGACGAGUCUGCAUGAUGCGGAGCCGGGAAAGUGAAGGAUGAAUUUGGGGCUGUCAGUGUAGUAUUGCCGGGCCAGAUCGAUGCGGAGGCUCUCGUUGUUGCGAGAGACGGUUCUUGUCGCGACGAUGCGCCGCUGAGUUCUGUAAUGCUAGCGGUAGCCUUUCGGAGAUCGGGGUGACCUGUCACUGGCACAGUGAACGAGGGCGAGUCGGCCUGACUGUGCUCUAUCGCUCACCUAACAAGCUACACGGUACGAGACAUACCACUUUGAUUCAUUGAUCCAUAGCCAGUAUCAACGGGAGGCGUACCGCACCCCUGCGGCGCAGAGUGUAAGCAUG